CCUGGAACGCCUCGUGGCCUUGCUAUGCGAUAUCUAUUGUGAAGUCAUGUUGUUUGAAAGAUGACGGGAGAUAGCACAUUCGAAACCACAGACCGAGAACCCGAAGGCAGGGAGACAAGCAAUGACUCCCUGAUGAAAGGAGAUGACUCGGCAGAGACAAGAACCGAAAGCGAAGAAAAGAGUCAUGACAAGCAUGUUGCUUCAGCUCAGCCAAAAGCUGUCGCGACAUCUCCGGAAACAGCAACAAAGUCAAUUGGUGGGUGGCCGCCGAAACCUGCCUCACUCCGAAAGCACGGCUUUGGCCACUAUUUCGGUCUAAUCGUCGACUUCGCGACUGUCAUCGUCGUCUUUCCCUUCCUGGUUCUCGCAGGUGCUGCAGCAGUGCUGAAUGGCAAAAUUGCUCCCCCUCAUCAAUGGUCGACGAUCUAUUCUGCCAUGAACGCUACCGUUACCAUAUUUCCCAUAGUCUUCACCGCCAUCGUCGCUCGAACCAUCAAAGCCUUUGCAACAUGGAAGUUCGAGCGCGGGACUACUCUCGGUCUCCUGGAGCAGCUACUGGCGAGCCAGUCACUGUUUGGAGCUUUGCAAACGUUAUGGGCGCUGCGGGUGCUCAACAUUGCCGGCGUCGUUCUGGUCGCCCUAGCGGCCAUUUCACCAAUUGGAGGCCAGUCAUCCUUGCAAAUGCUCAAAAUUCGAGACAGGGCUGAGCUCUCUCAACCAGUGCUAUCUUAUCUCACAACGGGACAGAAAGCAUGGUCGUGGUUUGAAAGUGGCGAUUACUUCUGGUACGCCCUACCGUCGUUGAACGCCAUGUACUCCAGCUCGCUCAUGGCACCUGCAUCUGUCAAGACUUCAACAAUGGACCUCUGGGGGAACGUCAAGAUUCCGUACUUAUCUAGGCUCGGUUCCGUGGCCACUUCGACUGGAUGGCAGGACGUACCUAUGGACCAGGAUGUUCUGUAUUCCUCGCUGAUAGGCAUUCCUGUUUCGGGCCUGUCAAGAUCUUCGAACAGCUCAUUCACGAUGGAAACGAGCUACUUUGACCUGGACUGUUACAGACUUACAAACGGUACCUGGAUUAACGCGACAGUGCCAGAGGUUGCCACGAAAGGUUCUCCUAAUGGCACGUUCUAUGGGAUUGCGGGCUCCACCUACUCCAUCGCGAUUGACUACAUCGUCGAAAUGUCGUAUGGGAGCGUAUACGACUAUGUAAGUGAGUCGAAUCAGAAAACCGAGACCCACCCUCAGGCGACCCUCCUCUUUCAGUCAAUGGCAGGAUACGAGAGUGGUUUUACUCGCGCAUAUUGCCAUAUUUCGACCGAGUAUGUUGAAGUUGCCAUCAACUGCACCGGCCUCGCGUGCGGCGUGAACAGUAUGAGACCGUCGCAAAACGCUCACCCAGACCCACGGCUGGUUCCAUUCGAGUUUGGCUAUUAUUUCAACGGAUUCGGGUGGCAGUUUCCCCUAGCCACAAGCUCACAGGCACAGACUGCGGAAACAUCAUCCGCCACGGAAUUUUACCUGAAUAACCCUCUCAAUCCAUUCGCCAACUCUUACCGUCUUGUGGUGAAUCUGUACGAGCUCUCGCGGGAUGAUAUGUCCAUCCGGCUAGGCCAAGUCCUCAAUAGCUACUAUCUCGGCAGUUUGGCGCCCUUUACCAUCACUGGCUUGACUGUUGGUACUGGAACUGGAGAGUCCGAAGGUGGUCCAGCCGAUGAACCUGGGAACAAUACUGUUGCGGCCCUCGCAUCAGUCAAUAAUGUCAGAUACGUCUGCCAAUGGGGUUGGUGGACGAUCUUUGUGCUCUCCUGCAUUCUCAUGCUGAUUACUGCGUCUAUUGGCGCUGUGCUACGUUGGAAUACCUCUUCACCGGAUAUCCUGGGGUCUAUCUCGUCAAUGACGCGGGAUUCGCCGUACGUAGAACUUCCAGAGGGUGGCAGCACACUUGGGGGCACUGAUCGUACACGCAUUUUGAAGGAGUUGAAAGUACAGCUGAGGGAUGUACGUGAAAGAGAUGAUGUUGGGAGGCUGGCUUUUGGAUCGGUGGACAAAGCUGAAGGACCGCCGAGAGCGGAUCGAAUGUAUGAAUGAUAGAGGUCCAAUUUUAGGCCAUGAGUGUUGCCGCUACCAGCGGUGUUCAUUCUAGUGACUGCCUACCG